AUCUUUCUUUUAAAAUUUUUUGAGGUCUCUUAGGCCUUUUCCCAAAUAGUUUAUGGCAAUGGCUUCUAAUGCUGUUUAUUCUCAUAUUCUCUUCCUCUCUUUUCUUCUUUUCCCCCUCUUGGCUUUCUCUCAAACUAAUGUGACCUUGGGUACGCAUCUCAUUGCUGGCGACGGAGGUUCUCCAUGGACUUCACCUUCCACUGACUUUGCCUUUGGGUUUCGCUCCCUUGAUACAGAUUCCUUCUUGCUCUGCAUCUGGUUCAAACAAAUACCAGAUCAAACUAUCGUUUGGUACGCCAAAGGUGGAAACCCAGCACCAAAAAAUUCCAAAAUUGAACUUACAACAGAUGGACAACUCUUGCUUACCGACCCCAAUGGCCAGCAGUUAUGGAAGGCUGAAAUCUCAAAUUCCAACGAUGUCGCUUACGCUGCCAUGCUCGAUAAUGGCAACUUCGUGGUUGAAAGUAAGGGUUUUGUUCACUUAUGGGAGAGCUUCAGCCUACCUACAGACACCAUGUUGCCUGGACAGAUACUGCAAGUGGGUGAAAGUCUUGAUUCUAAGCUGUCGAUUACUAACUACUCACGGGGAAGGUUUCAGCUCCAAUUACUCGAAGAUGGAACGCUCGUGCUCAAUCCGGUCUCCUUGCCGGCUUAUUUUCCUUACGCUCCAUACUUCUCUAUUGGGUCUAAUUCCGGUGAUAAUCGUUCAACUUUGGUCUUCAAUGAAUCAGGCCUUUUUUAUAUAGAGAGGAGCAAUGGAAGCAUUGUGGAUCUCUCACCAUCCGCCAUAUUCCCAAUUUCUGGUUUCUAUCACAGGGCGACCCUUGAUGUUCGUGGAGCAUUUUAUCUGUACGCUCAUCCAAGGCCUUCUCUUGGUGGUACUGAAGAGUGGUCCGCUGAGAAAUCAUUUCCUGAUAAUGUCUGUGACAUUACUGGGGAAUUUGGCAGCGGUGCUUGUGGGUAUAAUAGCUACUGUGGAGUUGCUAAUGGGAUGCCCAUCUGUGAAUGCCCACCUGAAUACACCUUAAAUGAUCCAAAUAACACUCUCAGUGGCUGCAAACCAAAAAUCCCACUUGUAUGUGAAGAAGGUGAAUCUGGUUCCCUUGAGAGUCUGUUUGAUUUCAGGGAGCUAGGUGGCACGAAUUGGCCAUUUGGUGAUUACGAAAGGAUUGCGCCCGUUAGUGAACAGGAGUGCAAGGAAUCUUGCUUGAAGGAUUGUUACUGUGCAGUUCUUAUAUUUAGUAACUCCACAUGCUGGAAGAAGAGGCUUCCAGUCUCCAAUGGGAGGUUGAGCGUAACUGACACCGGAAAGGCUCUGUUCAAAAUAAGCCUUGCAAGUUCUGUAACUUCUCCAAGUUCUUCAAGCACGAAGAAGAAAGAUCGAACAAUAGCUAUCCUGGUUGGAUCAUUGGGUGGUUCUCUAUUUAUCAACUUUGUAUUGUUGGCUGCAAUUUGUCUGACUGCUUUCGUUGCUUACCAAAGAAGAUCAAAAAACAGUAAGCAAGAUUCAAGCAUUUCAGAGACCAAUCUGCGUUCAUUUACAUACAAAGAACUUGAAGAAGCAACAAAUGGGUUCAAGGAAGAAUUGGGAAAGGGUGCUUUUGGCAUUGUUUACAAAGGUCUCUACCCAUUAGGCUCUAAAAAUCUGGUUGCAGUCAAGAGGCUAGACAAGGUGGUUCAAGAAGGUGAGAAGGAAUUCAAAACAGAGGUAAGUGUCAUCGGCCAGACCCACCACAAGAAUUUAGUUCGAUUGUUUGGAUUUUGUGAGGAAGGGCCACACAGGCUUUUGGUAUACGAGUUCAUGAGUAAUGGCUCUUUGGCAAACUUUAUCUUUGGACUCUCAAGGCCUCAUUGGGACCAAAGAAUCCAGAUUGCAAUCGGGAUCGCAAGAGGGCUUGCGUACUUGCACGAAGAAUGCAGUACCCAGAUCAUCCAUUGUGAUAUAAAGCCUCAGAACAUACUUCUAGACGAUUUUGUUAGGCCAAGGAUUUCUGAUUUUGGAUUAGCAAAGCUGUUGAUGCCUGACCAAGUCUUAACUCAAACAGGCAUUAGAGGGACCAAAGGGUAUGUGGCUCCAGAGUGGUUCCGGAGUAUGCCGAUCACAGCGAAGGUGGAUGUUUAUAGCUUUGGUGUGAUGUUGUUAGAGAUUAUCUCUUGUAGGAAGAGUGUGGAGUCAGCAUGGGGUGGAGAAGACAAAGCAAUAUUAACAGACUGGGCUUAUGACUGCUACAGAGAAGGUACACUUGAAGAGUUGGUGGAGAAGGAUGAGGAGGCCACAAGGGAUGGGAAGAGGCUACUGACUUUGGUGAUGAUAGCAAUUUGGUGUAUUCAAGAGGAUCCGUCUCUGAGGCCUACAAUGAAGAAGGUGUCACAGAUGCUUGAAGGAGCUGUCGAUGUUCCCUGUCCACCAUGCCCUUUCCCCUUCACCUCUUACAGUUAAUCUCUCUCUCUGUGUUGUUUCCAUUGAUUUACAGCAUUGGAAUUGGCACUCCAAUUUUCUGCUUCAAACACUACAUUACAGCUUUUAUUUCAGCCUUGAACAAUAAAGAUGGUUGUU